AGCCACGUGCUUAUUUGUUUCCCAUACCGCGGUAUGGAGGUCUUACCGGCUGUUAGUUCUGUGCGGGAAUAGAAAAUGGAAGUUGAGCGCCCUGAAAGGUUGUAUAAAUUACCUUUCCAAGACGUCGCGCGAGUACUUGGAUUUUUUUACCCACACCGCGUAGCCGGGGUGGGGGGACUAUUAAAAAUGUUAACUACUGUAUAAUGACUGAAUUUGAGGAAAUACGCGAAUGAGGAUAUCCGAAAAGUUUUUUGCAUUACAUGACAUAUAAAGUUUGAAAGGCCAUGGUUAUGGUGCACUGACACUUCCCUGUAAUUCUUGUGGGUCGCUGUUGGACAAGUAACUUGCCCACCAAGUACUGAAAUGUGAAAAGAGGAAUGUUCUCUGGUUCCAUCACCGGGAGACUCCAGAGAAGACUGCCAGCUGGCCUCAAGCAACCUUGCUGUACAUGGGUUUUUGGAGGGGUAUUUUGUUGUUGCUGUUGAAAUGCUGUUUGUCAAAAGAUUCUCUGCUUUGCAUCUGAGGAAUAGCAAAAUGCCCCAGAGGUUCCAAAGUAGUAGGCGACCAACUGUUCCUCUUGGGUCAAGGAUUUUGCUGAAUCCUGAUAAAGUUUUUGAUCAUAACAUGUGGGACCACAUGCAGUGGUCACGGGAAGAAGAAGAAAGAGCUAAGGAAAAAGCCAUAGAAAAUUCACUUAUAAGAGUCCAACCAGAGCUGCAAGCAAAGUAUGAAAGAGAAGCCAGUAAAUACUGGAAUGAAUUUUACAAGACCCAUAAGAACAACUUUUUCAAAGAUCGCAACUGGUUGUUCUUGGAAUUUCCAGAAAUUCUUCCAGAAGGAAAACGUGAUCAUUAUAUAAAAAGGAGUACAACAAAACACAUGACGUUUACUGGACUACUUGAAGACAACAACCUUUGUGAGGAUAAUUCUGUUGUAAAAGCUUCUUCUGUGCAAGGAAAUAACUUCAGCCCAGGCUACAACUACUCUGCAGCUGGUGACCAAAGUGUUAAGUGCAUUGGAAAACGAUUCCCUGGCAGUGAUGCUGCUUACCGAAUAUUAGAGGUUGGAUGUGGUGCUGGAAACAGUGUUUUUCCUAUUUUGGAAGUUACUCGCCAUAAUCCUAGAGUCUUUCUAUAUUGCUGCGAUUUUGCUUCAGAAGCUGUGGAGCUAAUCAAGUCACAUCUGUUCUUCAAUGCUUCCCGGUGUUUUGCCUUUGUUCAUGAUGUGUGUGAUGAUGCGUCAUCGUUCCCCUUCCCUGAUGACAGCCUGGAUGUCAUUCUCCUCAUCUUUGUCCUCUCUUCUAUUCAUCCUGACAGGAUGCAAGGGGUUGUAAACAGGCUGGCCAGAUUAUUGAAACCUGGAGGAAUGAUACUGUUUCGAGACUAUGGAAGAUACGACUUUUCUCAGCUUCGUUUUAAAAAAGGCUGCUGUUUGUCGGAAAACUUCUACGUAAGAGGCGAUGGCACCAGAGCAUAUUUCUUCACAAAAGAUGAAAUACAAAACAUUUUCUCUUCAGCUGGCGUAACUGAAGUGCAGAAUCUGCUUGAUCGACGUCUGCAAGUAAACAGGAAGAAAAAAGUGAAGAUGCAUCGAGUUUGGAUACAAAGCAAGUUCCAAAAACAACUACAGCUGACUCAGAGUAGGCGAGAAGAUGCUCCAUGUAAACACAGUUCUUAGUCUGAGAAUGCAUUAUUCCCAAAGGUCCUGUGUUAGUAGCUGAAAUUCAGGAAGACUCUUGAACAGAAGCAUUUUUUUACCAGUUCCUCAUAUGUUGGUAUAAACUGGUCACAUUCCAGAAGUGCCGCCCUGAGCUCCUGCUGGGAGGAAGGGCGGGAUAUAAAUCAAAUAAUUAAUAAAUAAAUAAAAUAAAAUAAAGUGUGUUUGGAUUGCCUCUUGUACACUCAUUAUGAAGGAAUGAAACUGUUUCUGGUGUUCUGUGUUCUGUUCAUUGAUGCAAAAUGAUUGAUCUUUGUUUUCAACAGAUGUUCUAACCAGGGAGGUUCAAACCAUCACAGAAAGUCAAAGGUUCAGGCCAUGAUUUUGACAUGUACAGAGAAAGUGAAACCUCUAAAGAUUUAAAAGCAGGGUGGGGAUGGAAGGAAGAGACUCAAGAAAGAGAAAGUUAAACUGAACGUUCCUACCCUUUGGAUUGGCCAAGAGAUUGUUAGGGGAAUGGAAUAAUGCAUGCAAGUAAAGCUGAAAAGAUAGUGGAUUAGGAGCAUUCUUGGGGGAAGAGAUGAACUUAAAAGAAGCCCAGUGGGCUGCAGUAGAUCCAGACUUCAAGAAUAGAAGAAGCCAAACACUGAGAGGACUAAAAACUGUUGUGCUCCUAAGAAUUGAUUUGGAUAGGGAAAUGGUCUAGACUAGGUUUAGUUGGGUGUUUUUCAAUAUUUUUGUUUGUUUGCUCUUAUAGUCAGUGGUGGCUGGUUGCUCCAUGUCAGUGGGGCAGUGGAAUCCCUCUGAGUUUUAGUCCAAACUUUCAAGGACCUGUCCAAGGUGUGAAAGAAGGGAGUUUUCAAAACAAAUCUGAUGUAACUGAUAGGAUUUGGAUUUUUUAAAAUUAAUAUUACAGCAUUGACACUUUGGUAAAAUAUACUUAAAGAAAAAAGUCUUUUGGAACACAUUGUUUUAAUCAGAACAUAUCUUUGACAUUUGAUUCCUGAGAUACAUGGGGCAGAAGAUGAAUGGAUGCAACAGUAUCUAUUGUACAGAAAUAUGGAACAACAUAUAUAACCUGUCUUAAGGAAUUGAUAAAAAUUUGGAAAAUGAUGUAGCAUGUGUAUGUAACACCAUGUACACAUGGUCCUUUACUACAGAGUAACAGUAACAAAAAGAUUGGUCUGCUCUGAGGGGAAAAGACAGGAGAAGUCUAAUUUUUGCUUGAUUCACAUGCCCUUGGACAUUAGUAAAAGAGACCUUGCCUAUACCUUCUAUCUCUGUUUUUAAAUGUAAGGAUUACAUGAUUACAUAAUUAUAAUUGGUGUACUUCCAUUGUUUGUUUCUACUUGGAAAGUUAAUCAUUUGUAUAGCCCUUCAAAAAAUGGCAACUGUUUUAUAAUGUUUAGUUUGUUUUUAUCUAUCCAUAGCCAUUUUACAGUGAGGGGACUUGAGGCUGAAAGAUGGAAACCUGACAAAGGCCACACAAGAGAUUGGAUCCAGACUUGCGCCUCUGUGAAUAGAAAGGCUCCAUCUGCUCAAGGAGGAAACUGGGAUCUAGUGGCAGUUUCUCAUUGGGGGAAAGGGGAGUACGUGAUUUUUGCCAAUUUCCCCUUCAGUUCCCAAUGCCACCUCCUAUGUUGCUUUAGGGGGUUCCCUGAUCCUCCAGAGCAGCUUUUCAGGGGGGCACAAGGGUCUGCAGAGGAAAGGGGGAAUUGGAAAAAAUCACAUAUUUCCUCCGUCAGCCGAGCACAAGUCUGGAGCUAACCUAAUGAGUUGUAUGGUUCAGGCUGAUUUUUUUUACCUUAGAGACCCAAGUUCAGAGUCUUGCAGCACUAUCCUAACAGUCUGUACUCUGAAGUAAAUCCUGUUGAAUAGAGUGGGGCUUCCUCCCAAAUAAGUGUGGUUAGGAUUGCAGCCUUAGACUCUCUGUUGGAUUACACUUAUGCAAAUUCAUAUCAUACUAUUUUUAUUACUUCAGGAGUUUCCUGUUGUACUGCACUACUUAAUGUUCAUAGCUAAAUGCAAUGGUAUUUAGAAUUUUGAGGAUGAAUAUAUCCAGAAUACUGGUUGUCUUACGUAGCUGUCAUUUUAACUACCAGAUCAUAUGUUAAAACAUAGUUACAGUGUGGUCUUCUCAUAUUUGACCAAAGUAUGAACAGAAAUAUAUUGCAGUAUUAUUUCAUGGAAACUGACGGCAUGAAUUGAGGAGCAUUGUAAUUUUUUCUGAGACUUAAACUAUGCACACCCAUCCUUAGAAAUGCACAUUUACAGAAGUAUUUAAGCAGAAAUGGGAAACCUGUAGUGCUAUAAUUGUUGGACUUCAACUCCCAUUGGCCCCUGCAAGCAUGGCUAAGGAUCUAGAAUGACGGAAGGUCUAGUCUAGUAAUAUAUAGAAGGCACCACAUUGGCUAUCUCCACUGUGACCACCAUUCAGUCUGUGUGUAUUGUAUAUCUAUGAAACUCUGAUUUGUCCAGAGACAAGCUUUCUUAUUAAGAUGUUGGGUCCACCAUUCCAGCUUUGCAGUGCUUGGAUUUGGCACCACUCUUGAAAGAUUUUAAUGCUUUCCAUAAUAACACACACUUGUUUGCUUGUAAUGUGGAGGUUAUGCUGCAGAUAUAUAAUUAUGAAGUAACCAGCGGAAAGGUAUUGUGCAUAGUCUGUAGCCUAUGACAGAUGAUCAUGCCUGAUGUUACUGCAGGAAAUGUGGUAGAUGCAGAGACAGGACACGACACGUCCUGUGGUAGUGGUUAUGGUUUUUGUAUAUGCCUUCAUUUGUGUGUUAAAUACAGAAAACUGCCAGCAAGAUUUACAAGUCUUUCCUUUCUCUGAAAUAUUUAACUUUUGCUAGUGUGUGCACAGUAAGUAUAUGGUUAGAGUAAGACAUGGGAGGUGGGCAUUCUUCCUGCCUUUUUUGGAGGAAAUAGGAUUUCACUCCAGCAAUGAGUGCAGCUUUAUACUCUUCAGAGUUCAAGGACAUAGCUUCCUUCAUAGAUCUUAAAGCUAAUAUUUGGGCUAGCAUUGUUUUCCAAGAAAGACCUCCACAAGUGCAGUGUACUCUGUGAAUGCAAAAUAAUUCAGUGUAAGAUGUCACUUCUUGAAUUAAGAAGGAUCUAUUGAGUGCAUUGUAGCAUCGAUUUGUACUGUGUAUAUUCACAAAAGCAUUCAGUGCUGUCAUUCAUACCAAGACCGAAUGAUUGGCAUGAACAUAUGCUUUUAAUACUUGAAGCAGAAUGUUUUGUGUAAAAUGUUUCUAUUAAUAUCAAUAUUAAUGUUGGACUUCUAAAGAUGGGAGGGUGUUGUUUGAACACUGAGUCCCUUGUGUCUUUUAAAUCAUAAAGCCAAGAUAAUGGAGAAUCUUACAGUCAAAUCCCCAUUUUUUCAGCUAUAUCUGGAGAAACAUUCAGAUAGGACCAUAGGAAUAUGUUGAGUCAGACCACUGGUUCACCUAACUCAGUACUGUCUACACUGACUGGCAGCAGCUCUCCAGGAUUUCAGGCAGGGAGUUUCUCCUAGCCCUUCCUGGAGAUUUUGUAACUUUUUAAAAUACAAAUAUACAAAACCACUGUUGUCAUUUUAUGUAAUCAUAUGUAGGUCUAGUUUGUAGCACUGUAAAAUUACCGGGAAUACUUCAGGAUGGCUGUUGGUCUGAAGUGGAGAACAACGGGAAGAAUAGGUUUGUUUUGUAAUGUAUUUACUUUCCCUUUUCUGGAUCUAAUUUAUAAUCAACAAAGGGAUUUGGGGACAGUUGACAAUGAAGAGCUGAAGCCAUGACUAGUAAUAAUCCAGGCUUGAUUUUACAUAGAAGUAAACUGAUGAUUGCUUUGUAUCCCAGAUAAACAAGCUAUACUUGUUAAUAAUGUGUGAACGAAACUUAGUAGAUUGAAAGGACACCAUGCUACAGCUCCCAAAGUGUGAAAUGGUGUUUAUUUUUAACUAGAGCUCUCACACACAGAGGGAGGAAAGCAAGUACACUGGCAACAAAGUCUGUACUGGAUUUUUAUAAGAGUUUAUUAGAAAUCAGUAGACAUUUUUUGGAUAUGGAAGAAGAACAAGUAAAAGAGUGUAUGGUAAAGUGGGCAAAAAACUUUGGUUAUAAUAUACAAAUGGAUCAAUGGGAAAAUAUGUGGAAAAAAGGCUUGAGAUUUACAUUAUGCUAUAAUCUUAAAUAAAAUUUCUAUAAAAUGAUGUAUCGUUGGUACAUGACUCCAGAAAAGUUGUCAAAAAUGUAUAGUAAUGUUUCUAAUGUUUGUUGGAAAUGUAAACAACAAGAAGGAUCAUUUUAUCAUAUGUGGUGGUUGUGUAAACAGGCAAAAUUAUUUUGGGCACAGAUAGGUAGGAUGAUGCAAAAAAUUCUAAAGAUAAAUAUACAGUCAAAACCAGAAUUUUUUUUAUUGGGGUUUUAUGGAUAAACAAAUAGAAAAGAAAUAUGGAAGAAUAAUAUUAUAUAUGAUUACGGCAGCAAGAUUAUUAUAUGCACAAAAGUGGGAAAUGGAAUCAACACCAACAACGGAAGAAUGGCUAUUGAAAUUAAUGGACUUAGUAGAGAUGGAUAAAUUGACAUGUUUACUUAGAGAAAAAUCGACAGAUACAUUUCUUAAGGAAUGGAAGCCUCUCUUAGACUUUUUGUUGAAAGAUAAAAAUGAAAUGAUGAUAAUGGGAUUUGACGAUUAAUUA